AUGCAAGAGACAGAAGAGAAGCGAAACUACCAGUGCUCAGAAUGUAAUAAAAUAGUAGAGCUUGGGUCUAAAGAUCCUGUAAGAUGCCAGCAGUGCGGCCACAGGAUACUCUAUAAAAUCAGAUCGAACCAAUGGACACAGUACGAGGCGUUAUAA